AUGGGAAACUACGUUUUUCCGCUGAACCUGCCUCCGGGCUACCACUUCGCCCCGUCGGGAGACGAGCUCAUAGUCCACUACCUUCGCCGGAAGCUGGACGGCCUCCCGCCGCACCUGCCCAUCUUCAACGACGUGACGCCCAUCACCGACUACCGCCCGGAGCAGAUCACAGAUGAGUUCAGGGACUUCGGGGAGGGGGCUCGGUGGUACUUCUUCACCAAGCGGACCCGCAAGUACGCGACGGGCAGCCGGCCGGACCGGACCACGCCGGGCAAUGGCUUCUGGAAGGCCACGGGCCCCGUGAGGGAAAUCCCCAUCUGCCCCGGCGGCAAGCUGGUCGGGCGCGCGAGGACGCUGGUGUUCUACACCGGGCCGGAGAAGCCGACCCACUGGACCAUGUACGAGUACGAGAACCGCACGUCCGAGGCAGAGGUCAAUGACAAGAACGUCGACAAGCUUGGUGAGUGGGUCUUGUGCACGAUACAGAAGAGUCAGCGCUGCGACCAGAAGAAAGAGGCAGGCGGCAAGGCUAAAAGCAAGGCAGGCGGCAAGAAAAGGAAGGGCAAGGCACGGAACGGCGCCGAUCUAGUCCAGAUUCAGAGCGCCGAGGUGCCGGAGAUUGCGUGGCCGGAGAAAGUUGAUGAGGCGUACGUGUUCGACGACCUGGAGCAGACAGGUUGCCCCAAGAAGAGACCACAGAUUGAGCAGCAUGAACCGCCGCGCUCAGAGACAAUGAUGGUAGACGACUAUGACUACAAUGGUAUCCUAUACAUCUGGGAUGAUGAGUACAUGCCGCCGCCGCCGCUGCCGCUGCCGCUGGAGUAUGAGGUGGCGCCUCAUGUUGCAGGAGUAGGAUACAGCUACAACAACAUGAUGUAUCAGCCGGCUAACAGCUACCUACAUGCUGCGCAUUACGCGGUGGAGCAGGAUGGGUACGCCGGCGGACAUCUCGGCAGCCUCUUGGGCACGGGCAACAUCCAUGUGCUUACCGGCCGCAACAUUCUUGCGCCGCUGGAAUCACCAACUUGCCAUGGAGCAGGGGGGCGACGACGAGCGGGCAGGUAG